AUGCUGCUGUCUCCCCAGGCAGAGAGGAACUGGGAGGAUCUGUGUUUAGUGCUUGAGGAUGUGCUGGAGGACCAGUCCCACAGGCAGCUGAUGGCCUUAGAGCUGGGCUCAGGAACAGGGCAGCAUGUCAUACGCUUCGCCCAGAAGAUGCCCUUUGUUACCUGGCAGCCAUCGGACAUCAAAGAAGACUCUAGGGACAGUAUAAAGGCAUACAUUGCUGCGAUCCAUGCAAAGAAUGUGCUGCAGCCUGUCCACCUGGAUGCCAGCGAACCAUGGGAGAAAUGGGCAGGCCUUCCUUGCAACUCCUGUGACGUUAUUGUUGCCAUUAACUUGCUGCAAUACAGCUCCUUCAAAACAGCACAGGGUGUUUUCAAUGGAGCUGGUCAGAUCCUCAAGCAAAAUGCUCUUUUAAUAACAUAUGGGGUGUACGCUAUUAACGGCACCAUCACGCCAAGUUGUAAUGAACACCUGGAUGCAGAGCUUCGACAAAUGAAUCCAGAGUGGGGUCUUCCGGACAUUGACGUGCUGAGACAGCUGGCCUAUGGGAACGGGAUGCGUAUGGAGAGGAUAGUUGAGAUGGAAGAGUACUACAAAUGCCUCAUCUUCAGAAAACUUUAAGAAGCCAAACUGCAUUGAGAAGAAAAACAAACUGUGUUGCAUAAUUAUGCAGAAGUAUUAUGUUAAAGGAACAGUGUGUAUGAUUUGGGGGCGCAUAGUGGCAUCUAACCAUAGGGACUGCAGAUUGCAACCAGCCGAAACGUCUCCUGGUUAGAAUCCAAGUGUUCAUUGUUCAGGGUUUUAACUGGUGCUGAAAUAUCCACGGAGGUCUUCUCCCCUUAAAAAUGAAAAAACAAAACAAUCCAUGCUCAACUUUUUGCUUUAAUAACUUCAAAUCCAGACAUCUAGACUGUUUUUUGUUGGGUGCUAAAUUAUCUGCAGAGGUCUCUUACUCUCCACAGUAA